GCUAAGUAGAUUCAAACCAUGAAUCAAACAAACAUUUUCAGAGAUACAAUGUAGACAAUGGCAAUAAGGUUAAAUAGUUCAUGUAGAUUUACCCUUUUCUGUAUUGUAUUUAGUUUGAAUCAUGGAUAAAUUUGUUGUUCGUGUACCAAAGGCAGAUAGGGUGAAACAGGAACCAAAACAAGAGAGGAAUUACAAACAAGCAACAUUAGAGUCCCUGCGGAGAGUGGUUGUAAUUGAAGAUAUGGAAAGGUACAAGUCAAUCCUUGAACUGCCUGGCCAACCUAAAGAGAACAUAUUAGAAGCCUUGACUGAACUAGACAAAAAAGUGCCUUCCAAAGAAGUGCUAAAGACUACUAAAAUUGGGCACACUGUUAACAACCUUCGCAAAUACUCUGAGGAUGCUGAAGUCAAAUUACUUGCUGGUGAAGUGUACACACAUUGGAGGACCUUCAUUGAGGAGCAUGCAAACAAACCCUCAAUAGAAGUACGCUGUGACAAGCAGACUGAAGGCUUAAGGAGUAAUGCCAGGAGACUCCUUUCUGAAGCCUUGGAGUUGAAGAUGGAGCACGGACUGGUGGAGAACAUUGAGCGAGAGGUGUUUCACCAAAGUUCUCGGCUUGUUAGUGGUGCAUACAGAAGAACUGUUAGGGCUCUUGUCUUUGCUCUGAAACACAAGCUGGAAUUGAGAGCACAAGUCAAGGAUGGAAAAAUACCAGUGAAUAAAUUUGUAAGCAAUCACAAGAAAAAAUUGUGAAGAAAAGGACAAUUCCAAUUUGGGACAACAAUACAUUUUAGCCUUUUUUAUUGUUCACAA